UCCAACUGCCAACCCCAUUGAUGAGCGCUGGUUGAGCAUUAAAAUAGACAUUUAUUGUCUUCCUGGCCUUUGGAACAUGGAACUCGAUUCUCACAGGCCAAGACAAAACAUGCAUCCAUGACAGCCACACAGCCAUCACCACUCACCAGCCCCAUUUGGCACUUGAAGCUUUCUGCUUACAAGCUUUCAUGAGAUCUGUCAUGGACCAGCCUUGCCAACCCAUUCUUUGUACACUGUCUUCUUAUCAAGCUGCACUCGGGGCCCCGACUAGCCUGGACUUGCAUCUAUAAUUUAUGUUACUGUGUGACAUAUUAUAUGGCAGUUUGGAGACCAUUGUGUUCUCUCACAGGAAAAAUGGAGAACAAGUGACUUAUUGGUGAGACGGUGGUGGACAUCACGAUGAUGAUGAGGUAGCUACGGUGUCGAUGGAGAUAGAAGACUUUAAGAUCAUGAGGAAGACGAAGACAAAAGAGAAGUUGGUGAUGGUGAUAUGUUUGAUGGACGUUAGAGGUAUUUUGAGGGAAAAGACGAAGCUUAUUUCUCUGGGUUUGGCAUCGAACCCAGGAAAAAGAAAGGUAAAGAAGAGGAACAAGAAAGCAAAGAAGACUGAGAACACAGAUCGAACACCCACCCACAAGAAUAAUUGCGUUGCGUCUCGCUUGCGUAUCUCUGGGCCCAGACGUGCCGGGGCCCCAUGGCGGAACCCUUCUGUCGGUGGAAGCAAAGCGCCGCCCCUUGCCACCGCGCUCGGGGAGACGGCGACGGCUGCUGGCUUCCUUGCGAUCGAAGGGGACGAUGCCCUGCCGACAGCGGUAACUCUCUGCCUCAACGUCAGCACGUGCUCGGUCCUCGUCUCACGUGUUGACUUUUGGAGCCGGUGCGAAAGCUGGGGUUAGAUUGCGCACAUGGCACGGGGUGUUACCUAUGUCGUGUGACGAGCGGUCGCGU